UGUUUUUGUAGCCAUUAAUGGUUGUCUCUGCUCCGAGGAAGAAGAACGAAAGUAACGACAAUCUCCACAACCCCAUAUGACCAAGAAAUCGGAGGUGUGCUCGGAUUUUUUUAUACAUAAGUUUGAAAGGAAGGUGGGUUCCGUCAUUGAUGGCAGUCUGCGGUGCUGGAAGAGGAAGAGGAGGAUGUUCUUGACGUUAUCUUCAUUAGCUACCAGAACGGACAGAGAAGAGAGGGGAAGUGGCAUCCGCCAUUUCCUCUUGGACAAGAGGACAUUGAUUGACAGAUUAGGAAAUUCUAUCUGUAAGAAUUUUGGAGCAUCUUCCAUCUAUGGCAGUGCCUAUCAAAUCAAAGUUUGGAUUUUAGAACUAUUGGCCCCACUUGUAACAAGCAUCAUCAAGACACUUGGACCGAAUGUCCUAGGAACUUAUACUUCCUGUUCUAUCCAUGAAUAGUUUCUAAAGUUAGGUAUAUGCUUUGAAAUCUUUUAUAAAUUUUUGAGCAAGCAAAUUCUAGCAUAUAACUUUCAUUUUUUAAUCACAAUUUUCAUUUCCAGACAUUUUUCUCAUAGCAAAGAGUGCGAUGACCUGCACAUGCAAAGUGAUUGGACAAAGUGAAGAAUGGUGGAAUGGUGACUAGAUGGUGAUGAAAUGCUUGGAUGAUAUCUUGUAAUUGUAACAGGAGGGCAUGGAUGUUUUGUUUCAGAUCUUCUGAUAGUGCUAAUAUUUGUUAUAUGUUCUAUACUUUAAUUCGCAGAAACCGUUCACUUAAGGUUUGAUUUAUUUCACUAUAGGCAUUGUCUGCCUGUGUAAUAUGUUAGUUAAAAACUGAAAUAGGAAGCAAUUUCUUUACAGUA